GCAACUUACUAUUUCUUUCUUUUCCAAGUUAGGAUUACAAACUAUGGGGAAACCAACUUAUAUCUUACUUGUCAGACACGGUGAAUCAGAAGGCAACUGUAACAAGGAGGUUAACCGUUUUGUCGCCAAUCAUAAAGUGGCACUUACUACUCAAGGUCAUUCACAAGCCUAUAGCGCAGGGAGAGUGCUAAGAGAUUUUCUCAGCCAGGAGUGUUUCGACCAGCCGCCGGAGAACGACGUCAACCGCCGGUCCGUGGUAUUCUACACAUCGCCAUACUUAAGGGCUCGUCAGACUUGCAACAACAUUAUAGAAGGCAUUAAAGACCUUCCCGGCGUCACCUAUGAUGUGCACGAAGAACCAAGAAUGAGAGAGCAAGACUUCGGGAACCUCCAGAGCACGCCCGAGGAAAUGGACCUGAUCUGGAGAGAACGGGCCGAGUAUGGCCACUUUUUCUACCGAAUCCCCCACGGAGAAAGUGCUGCCGACGUCUACGACCGGAUCGCCAGCUUCAACGAGAGUCUCUACCGGCAGUUCCAGAACAAGGACUUCCCCAACGUGUUAAUCCUCGUCACCCACGGGAUCUGGGCUAGGGUAUUUCUUAUGAAGUGGUUUCGGUGGACCUACGAGGAGUUCGAAUCGCUUCGGAACAUCCCCAACUGCCAGUACCUCAUAAUGAAGAGGUAUGGGUCUAAGUACUGCCUCAAGACACCUUUGGAGACUUGGGACGACUUGGACGACGAUGAGAUCAAUAAUGGUAAUGAGGUUGCAAAGGAGGUUGUCGAUGAGGUCAAGUACAACAGCAAAGUGAAUGUGGAUGAUCUUGAUAUUCAAGGGGUGAUAGAAGCACAGAAGGACGCUAUUCGAUUGCUAAAAGCGAAGGAUAGGAAGGUGAGAGAGGCAUUUAACAAGAUCUCAUCUCCUGAUCCCAACGGAUUGGACCGAGGGCUGACAAAGUUCAAGUACGAUAAUCAAAGCCAGGUCAACAGCAAGGACUCCUUUGUUUAGAGGUAUAUAGACUAUUUAUUCAAUGAUAAAUACAAACACUUAUCGGUUGAUAGUUAUGGUGGUCUCCAGACUGCGAACCGCAUUC